GACGACUACUUCAACCCUGCGGGGCUCUCCAUCACCUUUACUGCCAGUCAGUUCCUUUUCAGUCCCACUACGCCUGUCCGCUCGCUCCUUGUGGUUCGUGACCAACAUAAGGAGGCAUACGCACAAUCAUAUCCUGUCUCUCAAGCCUCAAGCAACGUUAUCUGAAUAUUAGUCGCUGUAUCAUUUCACUCUUCAGUUGAAGGUUGAAGGUUGUGAAUCAUGGAUAUUGGACCUGCUUGGGGCGCUUUGGCUGUGGGCAUGAUGCUGAACCUCAUCUUGUACGGCUUUAUGUUCAUGCAGUGCUAUAUCUACUUGUCCACGUUCAAGAAGGAUGUAUUCUGGAUCAAGAUUUUUGUGUUUUAUCUCUUCAUCGCAGACACGGUAGACACCGCCUUUACUGCUGCCAUUCUCUAUGACUACCUUAUUUCUCACUUUGGUGAACUUGAGUACCUCGGCCGAGCGACAUGGGUCUUUUGCACAGAUCCUGCUAUGACAGGAAUUAUCUCGUGCUCUGUCCAGCUCUUCUUCGCAUACCGUGUGAAACGCCUGACAGGGCAUAGGUGGGUUGCAAUAGUCAUCAGCUUCCUUGCUUGUGCUUCUUGCUGUGGAGCACUAGGCUCGGCCAUCGCAGUAAACUGGUGGCAUGAAUUUGUACAGUUCCAAAAGUUCCAAGAGGUCGUCAUCAUCUGGCUUGUCUGCGCUGCGGUGGCCGAUGUCGUGAUCACUUGCACCCUCGUCUGGUAUCUGAGGGGAAAACGGACAGGAUUUGUUGCUACUGACGAUAUCAUCGAUCGUAUAACCCGAAUGACCAUUCAAACCGGGUUUCUUACGGCAGUGUUCGCAGUUGUUGAUGUUAUCCUCUUCCUUGCCAGUUCAUCAGACACGCACCUACUUUUCAAUCUGCCGCUCUCGAAAUUGUACACCAACAGUCUAAUGUCCAAUCUCAACUCCCGCGCAGGCUGGGAAGGCACAAGCUCCAAGCUCACGCACUCCUCUGAUAGUGACCAUGCAAGGCCUUCGUUCCAGCGUCGCAAGCCUGGUGCUCCCAAUGUCCUUAUCAUCAGUAAAGACGUCACCUCAGUAACAGACGGGGGCGCACAGUCGUUUGCGCCAUUCUCGGGUUACAACCAGCACGAGAUCCAGACCCAUGAGAUGGAUGUCAUCAAAGCCCCAAGAGAUAGCCUGGGCUCGGCGCCUCAGAAAGGCAACGAUACCUAUGUCUGAGCACUUGUCAAGGACUAGGCCGCGUUACCAACUAUAAAUUAUUUCACCUCACACCGCGCGCCAUGUACCUUUCUUUUGCUUGUCUGUACUCAUCUUUAUUGUUGGCGUUGUUUAGAACAUUGCCUGUUUGAAUGCUUUGCACGAUCGUGUUUGGAGUUACUGUUUUGUUUACGAUGACACGCGCAGACAGGUACUUUGUAUAUUUCUUGCCAACGACGAGAGUCUGUGGUAUAUAGUCACAUAUUUUACCUGGGUUUAGGAGAAACCAUUCGCUUCGAAAUUUAAUGACAUUGACAAUGAAAACCAUC